UUACGGAAAUUCAGGGGUCUGGUGCUGGAUCGUCCAUGACGUGAGCUGGAGAAUGGGCGUGUGGUAUGGCCCCAUGUUUUGCGUGACUAUCGGCUUAUCCAUUCUGUACAUUGGCAUCGUUAUGAAGAUUCGCUCUAUGCUCAACAUCUGGCGCGAAACUCUUACUCCCGAAGUAGACAAGAAAUCGUUGAAGGGAGAAGUUCUUCCGCUGUUGUUUUACCCACUUGUUUACAUCAUAUUAUACAUCAUACCCAUAGUUAACAGAAUCCACAACGCCAUGUAUCCCAAGGACCCAGAGUUCGAACUGGUUGUCCUCGCUGCGAUCUCAGCCACGUCAUUAGGUGCUGCAAAUUCGUUGAUAUACGGCCUGGACAAGGAAACUCUAGGAAAACUGACAUUGCGGGAAAUAAAGAAUGCAUGGCUCAGUCAUUUCCCACCUAAAGCCAAGGCGGGAGAAUACAGUACAGAGAGCAAGACCGGUGACUCUCAGACCGAGGCGAAAAAAGCAUACAGCGACACCAUGUCAUCGGGAGCCUCCCAGACAGAGGUCAAACUGCAGUACAGCAUGGAGAUCUACUCAGUGUCUGCUCAGUGUGACGGCAGCACGGCGUCAGACAAAAUGCCGUCCAGGCGUCAGGCAUCAAAUCUCCCAUAGCGACAUCAGGAUAGGGCGUUGCCUCAGAUCUGAAUUCCGCCAUGUUGGGAGUGACGUGAAGAGGCAUACUCCUUUCAGCGCAUGCGCCGUUCUCAAUAUUUGCAUUACAUCACUGCCACCGCAAGACAAGCUUGUCCUUCGGAGUCUGUAGGUCUCAUGUAGGCUUGUUUCGUGUCCUUGCGCGGACCAACUUAAUAAGUAAUUAAAUUGUUUCAGGUAUUGGUUGGAAACAUGUUGUGGAUACUUUUGAUAAAUAGAGAUAAUUAGAGGUUGAGACAGAGAUGUUUGUGUUUUCUGACAUCACUUCCUGCAUGUCUCAUCACAGUGACCCCAGUGACCUUGGCGUUGUUCAAGAUUGAUUUCUGUGCAGAGUUUGUUCAUGGUGGCAGUGAUUUAAUGGGGAUGUUUGAGAGCGGCGCAUGCGCUGUAACUGGUAUGGUGAGGACGUGGUCUAAGACUCAGUCAGAAGCAGCCGCAUCAGUUUUGACGUCAAAACCAACCGCAUCAGUUUUGACGUCUAAACCAACCGCAUCAGUUUUGACGUCCAGGGGUCCAGGGGUCCAGGUCGAAGCUCUCUAGUCUCUGGCGUAUCUGAGGAAAGCGAAACUACGGUAAAUUGAUAGACAAGUCCAUUCCGGUUGAAUGUUUCUAACCUAUGUGGUCAAAUAAUAAAAUAUACGGCCUUAAUUGCUCAGAUUGUUAAAACACUAUCUAACAUGGACUAACAAACCCUUUGAUAUGUCGUACAUUCGAAUCCAGCUGUUGCUGCUUCGAUUGUGGAUUUGUCGAUCAGGAUUUAUUGGAUUACCUAGCGAAUGUUGGUAGUUUCCUCCGCCCAAAAAGCUGAUUUCCGUCGUAUAAGUGAACAAUUCUAGAGUAAAACACCAAUCAAAUGGAUAAAGAAACGCUCAAAUAGGAAUCAAUUGCUGUUGAAGGGAUAUAAAUCCACCUUGUUUAACACCGUUCUUAACAAGACACGAAUGUAAAAUGAACAAACAUUCUCUCCAUUCCGCCCAAAACAAAGUUUUAACCAACAAAGAAGGGACAAGGCGAAUGACAACCUUGUUUCCUUUAGUCGUGAAAAGUAGCUUACAAAGCAUUCACUUCAACGUGACCGAGCUAUGGGUAGACCAUGAAAGGCAUACACAUUGUGCACCUGGUAGGCCUACUUAAUGUAAAGGGGUACACCCCAUUAGCACAACCACUCCCUCACCACCCCACCUACCCACGCACACAAAUAUCUAUGCAUAUCUGUAAAAUAACAGCAAUGAUUUUUUUUCAUAUACCUGUUAAAAGUUUCAAAACUACAAUUUCUUAUCGCGAUACAAAGGAAGUUUAAUAGUAUGCUUGUUUGUAGUUUACAAAGCUGCAUAUUUGCCUGUAGUCUAUACAUGUAACUGUGACAAUGGUCUAAAAAUAUACUGAGCAAAAAGGCUGGAUAGUUGACAAUAUCGCCUUGCAGAGAGACCAAACUUUCUGGAACUCAAAAUGACCAGCAAGUAAUUUUUGCAUUUUUUUUACUUGUAUUUAUUUUAAUUCAAAUCCUCGCUCUCAAGUCGGGACCGGUAGAUCCAGGAUCAAUCCUUGAUCGAGUCACACCUAAGACUUUAAAAGAGGAAGUUGUAACUUCCUCGCUUGGCGUUCAGCAUGAAGGGGAUAGUGCAACGACUGGUUGACCCGUAUCUGUAUAAUGGCUCGGGCGGGGCGUCUUAAUUGCCUUCGGUAAGUCGUCUUAGUGAAGCAGCACUAAAUAAAAGAGCGGUGGAAAUCCGUCCAGCAACAAGGAGGCACAUUACACGUACAUGCACCCUAAUGAUUCCUUCGUCGUCAUAUGACUGAAAAAUUGUUGAGUACGACGUUAAACCCCAAGCACUCACUCACUCACUCGCUCUCAAGGAUUUCAGCCUACUGAAUUGGCACAUAAAUAUUGAAGGAUGCUCAUGUGACAGAGCACGUAUAUUCGUCCAAUCAGAAUAAUGUGAUUUGUCCCCAUUAAAUCCGGAUGUGAGUGGGAAGUGUCAGCGGAAAGCCUUCAGUACCAUAAACUUCUCGUCACCUAUUCUACAACAUAAGCGUAACGAAUCAUAUUCCAGUUUAAUAAAGAAUUUUAGGGAAUAUGGCGAUAUUUUUAAGGCGAAUGCAAUUUUGUACGACCUCAUAAAAUAGGAACCGUUAAGUGUCGAAUGUUCAAAUACACGAGCAUGGAGAGCAAAAUUAAAUCAGCGAGGACAGUGUAAUAAUUUGCAAAUGGCUUCAAACAUUACCUUGCCCAUGAUGCAAGCAAUGUCCUAACAUGUGGUCCUCCUGCAUGUCGUAACAGUUGACUUCAUAAUUCAGUUUUUAGUCGGUUUCUCUUGCGAUGAUGUACAUAGUUGAAUCCUUAAAAGGCAUUUUAAGAUUAUUGUAUUAUGAUUUUCUCCUAUGUUAGAUGAUUUAAUUAUUCGCUCAUACAUUUGUUCAUUCACUCUACAUUCAUUCACUGUACAUAAUGCUAUUUUUUACUCCAAGUACAGGUAGCUUAUACUUUUAUUUAUUUUAAAGGCUAUAUAUUCCUAGAUAAUAAUAGACUUAUUUUAACCGUUUAAAUAAAGGUUUAACGAUUUAAACCUGUGAACACGUAUCAUAUCAUUUUGGU